GCGGCGGCGGGAGCGGCUUCGGCCUCGGCUGGAGACUCAGGCGAGGGCGGCGGCGGCGAGAGUUGGAGGAGAGGCGCGGGUGGCGGUGAAGGCGAUGGCGACGCGGGGCACAUGAGGCGGCGGCCGGAGGGACGGGCCGAGGCCCGGCGGAGGAGGUGGCUCCGGGGGAACACGCCGCCCGAGGGAAUCUGGAAAAAUUGUAAGCAAAACAUCAUUUCUCUAAGAAAAUUUUGGAUAACAGAAGUUCCGGAUAACAGGGCAAACCAAUUCAAUCACCAUGAGUUGGAGCUUCCUGACUCGACUGCUAGAGGAGAUCCACAACCAUUCCACAUUUGUGGGGAAGAUCUGGCUCACUGUAUUGAUUGUCUUCCGGAUUGUCCUUACAGCUGUAGGAGGGGAGUCCAUCUAUUACGAUGAGCAAAGCAAAUUUGUAUGUAAUACAGAGCAGCCAGGUUGCGAGAACGUGUGCUAUGAUGCCUUUGCACCCCUGUCCCAUGUGCGCUUCUGGGUGUUCCAGAUCAUCCUGGUGGCAACCCCCUCGGUGAUGUACCUGGGCUAUGCCAUUCAUAAGAUUGCCAAAAUGGAGCAUGGCGAAGCAGACAGGAAGGCAGCUCGAAGCAAACCCUAUGCAGUGCGUUGGAAACAGCACCGGGCUCUGGAAGAAACGGAAGAGGACCACGAGGAGGAUCCCAUGAUGUAUCCAGAAAUGGAAUUGGAGAGUGAAAAAGAAAAUAAGGAGCAGAACCAGCCUAAACCCAAGCAUGAUGGCCGAAGGCGGAUUCGAGAGGAUGGCCUUAUGAAAAUCUACGUGCUGCAGUUGCUGGCAAGGACCGUGUUUGAGGUGGGUUUUCUGAUAGGGCAAUAUUUUCUGUAUGGCUUCCAAGUCCAUCCAUUUUAUGUGUGCAGCAGACUUCCUUGCCCUCAUAAAAUAGACUGCUUUAUUUCUAGACCCACUGAAAAGACCAUCUUCCUUCUAAUAAUGUAUGGUGUUACAGGCCUUUGCCUCUUGCUUAACAUUUGGGAAAUGCUUCAUUUAGGGUUUGGGACAAUUCGAGACUCGCUAAACAGUAAAAGGAGGGAACUGGAAGAUCCGGGUGCUUAUAAUUAUCCUUUCACUUGGAAUACACCAUCUGCUCCCCCUGGCUAUAACAUUGCCGUCAAACCAGAUCAAAUCCAGUACACCGAACUGUCCAACGCUAAGAUUGCCUACAAGCAAAACAAGGCCAACAUCGCCCAGGAACAGCAGUACGGCAGCCAUGAGGAGAACCUCCCAGCUGACCUGGAGACUCUGCAGCGAGAGAUCAGAAUGGCUCAGGAACGCUUGGAUCUAGCAAUCCAGGCCUACAGUCACCAAAACAACCCCCAUGGACCCCGGGGGAAAAAAGCCAAAGUGGGGUCCAAAGCUGAGUCCAACAAGAGCAGUGCUAGUAGCAAAUCAGGGGAUGGGAAGACCUCCGUCUGGAUUUAAUCUUGGCUGGGCUUAAAACUUGUGCUUUUCAUAGUUUAUGGUAAGCAGCGGCUCACUGAAUAAUGACUUCCAUUGAGUAAACAUUUGGCUCUGGUUAUCUUCAGGGAUGCUGUUGGCUCAUGAUCCAAGCUCAGGGGACUCUGAAAGCGGGGCUGGGACAAGGGGGAGGAAAGGGGAAAACAGUGUUCCUGGGCACAUAUUCCAGCAAUAAUACAGUUAUGGAACUUUACAUUUGUGUCUUCCAGAUCUGGAAAAGAACAGAUAUAUUUAAAUCAUUCUUGUUGAAAAGUUUUUGUAUGUACAGUAUUAUGGUACGUUUUUUUAGUAUGAGAAUUUUUUUUGUAUUUGUAUAUUGGACCACUGUAGUUAUACUUUUAUAUUAAAGGGGAAAAAAAUCCUUAAGGUAAUGCUCUUACUUUUGUUCAGCAAAUGCCACCCUGGGUUUAAAGUUUUAAUAGAUGCCACACCUCAUAAAAGUGCUCCUUGUGUUGCCGGGAAGAUUUCAGAUACCUAAGGAGCCAGGGGAGGAAACAUCAAUUUUCAGUCUUGGACAGAAAAUCCUCAGUAGGGGGGAGGUUGAGGUUUUUUCUCCUUUACUUAAAGCCUUGAAUCUCAUUCAUGUACCCAGACUUAUAUCCGAUCUUUGAAAACCUAUUUGUAUUUUCAAAGGAUAUAAAUGAUUCACUGCAGGAUUCCUGUAAUUAUCAAGCAUUACCAGUAUAUGCCUUCAUGGUGUGUAUAUAAUUUAAGUUCUUUCAAAAGGCUGAUGUACAGAGGUGGUGUCCCCAGUCUGGUAGCAGUGCAGAGACCCUGACCAGAGUUGUGACGAAGAUUCCUCUAUUGCAUGCAGCAAAGCCACACCUGGAAAAUGAGCCCCACUACACUAUUUAGUUGUGAACCUUAAAUCUCUACCCAGAAACCUGCCUCUCCGGUUUCUUAAGAAACCAGUGAUGGAUAUUUUCUUUAUAUGUUAACAUUAGAAAUACAAAAAUUCCCUUGUAGGCUAAGAAAACUCAGAGCCACUUGCACUGCAUAUGGCAGAAGGCCUAAAUCCAAAUUCCUAAUUUUUUAUAAUUUACUGUGAAACUUUUAUAAUUUCUAUACUUCUGCCAGUGUAGAUUUUUGUGUGGAAACCAGUCAGAACAGGGAUUCUACCUAUAAAUAGACCUAAAGAGAAAUUCAGUAUUUAUUCCUUAUAGACAUAUCUCUUUGUUUAUGACUAGCAUUAGGGUUCACAUAACACCUGUAACUUGCAGGAUUUUAUUGAUGUUUUCAAUCCUGGAUUAUGUUGGAGAGCUUUGCUCUCGCAUCACGUUCACAUCAUUUGUCUCAGUUUAUGAGCAUCUGAGCAAGAGCUUGAUAAAGAUUUAAAGGAACGGGGCGCCUGGGUAGCUCA